AUGACAUUCCAUCAUCCCACAGAGCUCCCAGACACCACCGACCUCGACUGGAAGGAGACAGUCUUCCGCUGUCUGGAGAGUCUCCAAUUCCGAUCAGGAACCCCUCUGCCAGCAGUUCCCAAGUCAAGUCAGCCGGCAGUUCCUGAGUCAAGUCAGCCGGCAGUUAAUAUGGCAAGCGCACCCAGCAUUAAUAUGUCAAGUCCGCCAAGCGUUCAUGUGAUCCCAGUGUCGGUUCCAGCCCCAGUGCCCGCUCGUAAGCACCUUCCAGAGCGCCUCUCAAGUGCCUGCUCCUCCAGAGUGCCCUCAAGUGCCCGCUCCAGCCCCAGAGCUCGCUCCAGUGUCUGCUUCAGCCCCAAAACUCACUCCAGUGCCAGCUCCUCGAAAGUGCUUUGCUGUGCCUGCUCCUCCAGAGCACCCUCCAGUGCCAGCACCACGUAA